CUUAAAUGCAAAGACUACUUUUGUUUAAAAAUAAAAAAUAUUUUAUUUAUACCUUUAUUUUAUUUUUUACAAUUUGGACCCUUUUUUACAUUUAUCGUACUGCUAUUCAGCCUACACCAAUUUCAACAUGGACUUGUAAAGGAAAGGGACGUCAUCGAAUAUGUGAAGUUAAAUAUUUUUGCGUGGAUCAACGUCAUGGUCCUUUUAUUAUUAAUUCUCAAGAGACAUUCCCAUCUAUUAAUCUCAUUAAUACAGGGUCUAGUGAAGAUAUUUGGUUUCAACCCAAACAACUAUCAAGCCCACCUCUUUAUACCAAUUUUAUCAAUACCAGCUUAUUUGUGUAUGGUCUUUAUUCACCUUAUCAUUUCUCCCAUGCACUUUAUAAUGGACUUAUGCCCCUCUACAGUACCAUGUUAGAAUAUGGAGCGACAGUGGACAGCUGGACAUUAAGAGCAGCUACCUAUGAUAAUGGGAAGCCAAAAGAGAAUUUGAAUAUGUUAUUACCCAAUAAAGAAGGUCGAGAGAUUGUUUUAAACAAGGUCGAUUUACAAGCACCUCAUCAAGGGUUAGCAGCUAGUUGGUUAUCACCUCCCAUGUGUUUUGAAAGAGCUAUUAUAGGAACAGGGAAUCGAUGUUCAUUAUGGUAUUGUGAAGGUCAGAUUCCAACCGAGCAUUAUGAUGCCUAUCGUUCCUUUGUGAUGAAGGAACCUUAUGAUAAGAAUAAGAAUAAAUGUGCUGCCUCAGUUGUUGUUCAUCAUGCAAUGGGUGAAAAGACGAUUGGUAUCUUGAAUCGUCGAUAUACACGACAUAUCACCAAUGUGCCUGAACUCAUUCAGGCAUUAACAAAAGAAAAUUACAGAGUUCUCUCCAUUGAUUUUGAUGUGGAGGGAUGUGAUUUGAUCAAUACAGCUCAUGUCGUGAAUGAUUUAGAUGUCUUGAUAGCCCCCUUUGGUAAUGGAUUAGGAGCAGGUUUAUUUAUGAAAUCAGAUGCCAUCUUGAUUUCCAUCUCAGCACGUUAUUAUAGUGAGCAAUGGUUUAAAUAUCCAAUGACAGCGAUUGGAAGACGUAUAUUUGAUUUUAGUUGUCAUCAAGCAAGUUGUGAAGAAUAUGAUGAAGCGCUGGCACAAAAGUUAUUAGGCGUUCCUUUAAAUGAAACUGAAUUACAAACGUUUUUCAUGAUGAGACCAGAUGAGGUAGAUACAUCCUAUUUAUUACAAACAAAGUUGAAUAGUAGUAGUAGUAGUAGCUAUGAAGAAAGAUGGCAAAGAUACUUGCAAUAUCAUAAAGAUGUAGCAAGACGUAUUGAUGUAGAACGAUUUAUACCCUAUUUAAAGGAGAUCAUAUUACGUGAUCAUCAUCAAUCAUCAUCAUCAUCAAAAGAUGUCCCAUUUCCAGAGACUUGCAAGACACCUAAUGUAUGUUGUGAUUUAGAUUGUGAAGGUCCCUUGGAAAGAAAUGUUUUUGGAGAACAAAAUGCAUGGAAAAACAAAGGUUAUAAAUACAUAAAAGAAGCAAAAUAAAUUGAAGUUUUAUUAUUAUUCGUAAUAUGUAUAUUUGUAUAUAAAAGU